CAGGACUCACCUCCCCAGUCGGAUUUCUGCCUGCCCCUUCUUUCCUGCUGGUGCAGGCCCCGAGGCCGAAGGGUUAAACUGACCGAGAUGCACUUCCCAGAAGGGAGGAGAGAAGCCAUUGGAAGAAAGUGCGCGCUUGGCACUUGAGGAAAGGGCCGCGUUUCCUCUUCCUUUCCAAUUGGGGAGCGGGCAGCUGGGGCUUCCAGAGGCCGGGGGAGAGAGGGCGGGGUCCACCCCGCUUGAGUGGUGACGUCGGAAAGUCCGGGAGUUGAAGGAAGCGGGUCAUGAGACAUAAAAUAAUGACGGAGAAGGGAAAAAAUCCAGAUGCCAAAUCCGAAAGAGAAUUGCAAGAGGACCUCAACGCUGGGGCCACCCAGGACAAGGCUGCAAGAACAGCCAAGGAUCUCCGAGCUGAAAAGGCGGAAGGUUUUGCAAAAAUGGGGGGCUCCAGACCAGCCAAGAGCGAGGCAGGAGAUCGGCGGUUGAAAUAUUUGGAUCCCCGGGCUGCUUUGAAGGCAAUGCAGUCCUCCAAAGAGGAGGAACUGGUUUCUGAACCGUGGGAGAACGCCAAGGCCUGCUUGGCCUCCUUAGAAGGAGCAGCUGAAACCUACCGGAGAUACAAAGGAUUGGUGGAUCUCAGCAGAGACACCCAAAGAGUGAGCGAGCAGACCAAUCCUGCCAAGAUGGACGACUAUUGGAAGGUGGGCGAGGACGCCAUGGGAGACGACUCAGCGGCCACCGACACCCAACGAACCCUUUUCAGAGAGUUCUGUUACCGGGAGGCUGAGGGCCCCCGUGAGGCCUGCAGCCGCCUCUGGUACCUCUGCCACCGGUGGCUGAAGCCGGAGAGACACACCAAGGAGCAGAUCCUGGAGCUGCUGGUCCUGGAACAGUUCCUGGCCAUCUUGCCCUCUGAUCUCCAGAGGUGGGUCAAAGCCGCCGAGCCCCACACUUGUGACCAAGCGGUGGCCCUGGCUGAAGGCUUUCCCUCAGGACGGCCACAGGAGGGACCAGGUUUGGUGCAGGAGGUGUCUUCGGGGUUCUCCACGGCUGAGCAGUCUCUAUCAGGGGCUGGAGAGAGACAAGUCAGUGCCAUUGAGGUCAAGCAGGAGCAGGACGGUGACAGCGACUCGGAAGAUGGCAGGUGGGUGAUUGAGACGAGGCAAGGGGAUUGCCAGCUGGAAGGCACCGAGCCAGUGAAAUUGUGUGGGCCCUCCUUGCAAGAACCUUAUUGGUCCGAAGAAGAUGGAGAUGGGGAUGGAGCUGAUCAGAAGGAUGAGGACAACCCAGAUCAACCCAGACCUGAAGAGUUUCCUCUAGCAGAAGAAGAUGGGGAUUCAAGUCAACCUGCUGUGGUCCAAAGACAGCACAGAAGUCGGGAAAAGAAGACUUGUGCGGUGUGUGGCAAGACCUUCAGCCGAAGUACGGUGCUUGCUGCCCAUCAGAGGACCCACACGGGCGAGAAGCCGUUCAUGUGCCAGAAUUGUGGGAAAUGCUUCAGCUUCAAGUCCACGCUGGUUGCCCACGAAAGGACCCACACGGGAGAGAGGCCGUACACUUGUGAUCUGUGUGGGAAGAGCUUCACCGUCAGCUCGGUCCUCACCAGGCACUACCGAGUCCACAUCGAAAAGAAGCUCUUUAGCUGCUCCGAUUGUGACAAGAGCUUCACGCAGAAGUCUCAGUUGCUCAACCACCAGAAGGUCCACGUGAGGGAGAAGCCAUUCAAAUGCGCCCAGUGUGGGGAGGGUUUCAGCCGUAGCUCCGCCCUCAAGAAACACGAGGGCUCCCACACAGGAGAGAAACCCUUCAAAUGCCCCGAUUGCGAGAAAUCCUUCAACACGUCUUCCCAGCUGGUCAAGCACCACCGAGUCCAUACCGGGGAGAGACCCUACACUUGUUCGGAGUGUGGGAAGAGCUUCAGCCAGUGGCAGAUUCUGAUGGUGCACCAAAGGACCCACACGGGCGAGAAGCCCUUCAAGUGCGCCAUCUGUGGGAAAUGCUUCUCCGAUCGGGCUGUCCACAUCCGCCACCAGAAAGUCCACACGGGGGAGAGGCCUCACCAGUGCCCCACUUGCGGGAAGAGGUUCACCCACCGCACCGUCUUGGUGAAGCACCAGAAGAUUCACGCCCGAGAAGCUCUGAAUUUAGCCAAAUUGCAAGAGGAGCAGCGGCGAUACGAGGAGACUUCAUAAAAAGUUUGCCAGCUAGACAAAUGCUCAACCUGGAAGGGAUAUCGACGGGCAACUGUCUUCCCCAACUUUUUUUGGCUUCCAGAUGGUCUUCCUGGCUCAAAUGGAUGGGAGUUGUAGUCCAAUAAAGGAGGGACUCUGCCGUACUGUGUGGAGAUGUACAAGAAUCAGACAAUCAGACAAUCAGUAUAUCUACAGUCACACUGUGGCAAGCGGUCACUUUCCCAGGGCUGAGCGUGAUGGGAUAGGGAACACUUUCUCUGACACACGCGGGGAUCCUACAGUGGACCUGCUCCCGCGGCCCCUUCAUCUUCCAUGCUGCGACUAUCUCUGUGUGUGCACUUUCGUCUUCCCGAUAAAGGUUGCCAGUCUUGUUGUCGAGUCUUGGCAAAGUCAACCUUUUGAAGACCUGUUUUUUUAGCUAUGCACUACAGCGAUAAAGGAAGCAGUUAAGAGGACAGAUUAAGCUCUUCCCAUUUGUACACAAACAUCAAUUAGCAGAAUGUGUCCAACAGAGAAGCAACCUCAUUUGUUUUCAUUCAGUUCCCCAACACAUGUUGUUGUUUUUUUGCCCCUCUUCUUUGGUGAUUGGUCUCCACAUUUCUGAUUUUGGAUGCCAACAUGGUAUUGUGUUUCUGUAUUAUAAUGAUAAGAGGAUAAUGUAUAUCACAGAAACGGAUUAAAGCAAAAGUUAGAAGUGUCUCAUAAUUAGCCUGUCUCUAAGCUUGCCUUCCAUUUGUUAAUGCAGUUACUGUCAAAUAUAACGUUUCAUCUAAUAGCUGGAUUGAUGCAUUGUGCUAAGAUGUGGUUUGGGUAACUGUGGUUUAUGGAAUAAAUCACCAUUAGAUGCACAGAUGUUCCAUAAAUUCUGGCUAACAGACUAUACUGAUCACAUAAGCCACACAUCAUGUUUAAAAAUGAAUUUUAGCUUGAGAAGUGGGAAUGGAAACAUGCCUUAGUGUGAUGUGUGAGCCCAAAUACAAGUAGUAGUCUUUGAUUUACAACCAUUAUGGAACCUGAAUUUCUGUUACAUGUCACGAUGACCCUAUGACAGCCCUGAUGUUAUGAUCUUUUUUUUUGUGGUGGUCACUAAAUGAAUGUUGUAGUUGUUAAGCAAGCCCACUGUCUGCAAUGGCCAUUUUCUGGCAAAAACAUAAAUCGUGGUCAUUUGACACAGCAGGCCAGAAACAGCCAUAAAUGUAGGCCAAUUGCUAAGCUCCCAAUAUGUGAUCACAUGACUAUCAGAAUCUGGGUCAUAAGCCCCUUUUGGAUGGUCUGUUAUAACUGAACAAUAGCUAAGCGACAGAUGGUAAAUUGAGGAUUGUCUGUAAUUGUGAUUUAUUCCACAAACCAUGGUUAACUCUGUCACUUGUAUGAGCCAUAGCCCAAAUCAGUUUCCCUUCAGUCUCCAGGCCCUGAUUCAAAUCCCGCCUUCCUGUCAGGCUCAAGCUUCCAGAACCAUCUGCGAAUAGUCUCAGGCAGAAGAUCUGUGGAGAUUCUCAGUCACGGUUAUCCCAUAAGUGCUUUUUCAAAAGGCAACUGUACUACCUUUGUUUUUUCCUUGAAGACGUUUCGCCUCUCAUCCAAGAAGCUUCUUCAGUUCUGAAGAAGAACUGAAGAAGCUUCUUGGAUGAGAAGUGAAAUGUUGCUUGCGCGAGUGGGGCCGAGAGCACCCGUGACGCUUGCGCGAGGGAGGCCCUGAGCCCUCGCGAGGGUGGGGCUCCGAGCACCUGCGAAGCUCAUGUGUCUGGGGCCGCGAGCGCCCACGACACUAGCACGAGUGAGGCUCCGCGUACCAGCGAUGCGCAAAUGCGACCGUGAGCUCUUGCAAAUCUCAUGCGAGUGGGGCUGUGAACUGUUAACGACGCUCGCGCAAGUGGGGCACCAAGCGCCCUCGACCCUUGUGUGAGGCCUUGAGUGCCUGCGCACCAGCCAGCCACUCAUGCAGCCCGGUUGUGAAUACGCCAUGGUCCGGUAGUGGGCUAUGGCCCACAGGUUGCGGACCUCUGGGCUAGGGAAAUUCUGGCAGUUGAAGCCCGUACAGCUUAAGGUUGUGGAGGUUGAGAAAUACUGGACCAGAUAAACUCUGGAUUCCAGAGUGGAAUUUUGUUUGGAAGGGGAAACUGAGGCAGGAAAGGGAUUAGCAGUGGGGUGUUUGUGCAAAUCCCCACUGAUUGUUGUUGUUGUUGUUGUUAAUUGCGAAGUCGUGUCCGACCCAUCGCGACCCCAUGGACAACGUUCCUCCAGGUCUUCCUGUCCUCUACCAUCUUCUGGAGUCCAUUUAA